AUGGGUCAACUUGUGGACGAUAUAGACCGUAUAUUUGAAGAUCAAUCGACCGUCUUUAAAUUGAAUCUAUCCUUUGGCUUUGUUUUGUUUAACAACGAAACGGAGCAGAUGCAAUAUCACCACCCCUCAGCUAACAACAACCGUGUCUUCGACUCCCCAUUCCAGAUUAAUAACCGCAAGGAUUUGGUUCAAGUGCGUACAGCGUUGGAAAACAUCGACAUUCAUGAAUGGGCUCGACAACAACGUCCCAACUCGAAAUGGAUUGUCAUGGAUUUCACCAACGCUACGUUCUACGUCACCAAACUUCGAGACCAUCCCAUAGGUCAAAGUGUCCGACUACCCAAAUACGUAUUGGAUAAUCCUGCCAUUGUGUCGCUUGACUGUGAUAAAAACACUGGCUUGCCAUACGAAGACAAACUAUGCUUCUUUCGUUGUUUGGCCCUACACCGUGGAUGUCAUUCCAAAAAUUUAGAACGUGAUACUCAGCAUUUUUAUGAACAAUAUGACGAUAGUGACGAUUUUGACGGUGUGACACUCGAAGAGCUCCCAGAGUUGGAAAAGUUAUUCGAGUUGAACAUUUACGUCUAUCGCCUUACAGAGUUACAUGACGAAGAUGACGCCACGACCUCCUUUGUGGCUCAACUCAUACAGCGCUCCCAUCGUAGAUAUGCCAAUUCGAUGUAUCUGAACCUCUACGGUAGUCACUUCAGCUACAUUAAGAACUUGGCGAUGUAUUCCAAGUCUUACUGUUGUUCCAAGUGUGACAAGAUGUGGAAAACAGCGAAAGCCUUAAACCGACACGAGCGAACCUGCGAGGCGACAGUUCGUCACAUUUUCCUGGCGGAGUCUAUAAAGUUCCACAAUCUAUCUUCGACUUGUUGGCCGAUGAAGGUAUCGAGAUCCCUGAAGACCUCAAGUACUUCCCUUAUCGCGCUACCUUUGACUUUGAAUGUUAUUUCAAACGUGAAACCGAACAUCCACGAAAUACAGCAAAGUUGACGUGGGAAGCUGAACAUAUCCCCUUGAGUGUCUCUGUAUGUUCGAACGUCCCUGGUUAUGAUCAACCCAAAUGCUUCGUCUCGUCUGGCAGUACAAGUGAAAUGAUCCAACAGUUCGUGGAAUAUUUGGUAAAAAUUAGUCAAGAAAGUUAUGUCUUGUUGUUGGAUCUGUUUGCGGAUGUGUUUCGUCAAAUUGAGGAACGAGUUAAUCAGGUAUAAUUCACACGUAUUAGUAUAUUUCAUAUCCUUAAUAUUUUUUCUUAUAUCUUUAGGCGAGUGAAAACGAGGAGGUAAAUGGUGAAAUCCUUAUUUCUUAUACUGUUGAACUUAUACCAUGUUUCUUCUAUUUUAGCCAAAUUCAGAGGAGCAGCUGGUAGAAUGUCCGAUGGGGUUGGAUAACGAGGUAAACUAUAUAUUUGGUCUAUUAGAUGUUUAUAAUAUUCGUACUUAUUAUGCUGUAUAUUUUUAGGAGAGGGAAGUGAGUGAUGGCGAAGUGGUUGGGGACGAAGUGAAUGAGGACGAAGCAGAAGUUGGAACUUUACUUGAUGGAACUUCCUGUGAUCGGCUUCAACUCGGGCAAGUACGAUAUAAAUGCUGCUAAGAACCCAUUCUUCUCUUACCUAGUGAAACACGAGCAAGUUAAGUUUGUGAUAAAGAGAAACAACAAUCAUAUGUGUCAUAAGACGCAACACUUAAAGUUUCUCGAUAUCACAAACUACUUGGCCCCCGGUUUCAGUUACGAACAGUUCCUCAAAGCGUACGAGUGCUCCCAGACAAAAGGCUACUUCCCUUACGAGUGGGUUGAUUCCCUUGGAAAGUUGAACAACCCAACCCUACCACCACGCGAAACCUUCCAUUCCACUCUAUCCGGAACCGAUAUCACCGAGGAACAGUAUGAGUAUUGCGAGCGUGGCACUCGUCGUCUCCCUGUUGACGGUUUUCACGCUGAAUCACAAACGGUUUUUCAGUUUCAUGGUAAGUUGAAAUUAGUUAAGAUUAAUUAGCUAGAAUUAAGUUAAUUGUGUGGGAGUGAGCUAAUGAGUUUUUAGCGAUUGCGUGGGCUUGCAGGAUAAUUUAUUUUUCUUUUGUAGGUUUAAUAGUAUACUUUAUUCUACUAGGAUGUUAUUGGCAUGGCCACAACUGCCAACUUAACGAAGGUAAAGAAGUCAACGAGAAGCGUGAUAAGCCCAUGAAAGAACUCCUUGAAGAGACAAAAAGAAACAGUGCCUAUAUCACGAAGCAGGGAUUCAAUCUCGUUGAAUGUUGGGAAUGUGAGUGGCCAUGGCGAGAUAUGAAGAAACGAAACAGCGCUCUGCAACGAUUCAUCGCCACCCAUCUGCGCCGACCACUGGAUAAAGUGAAAACCAUGACCAAACAGUCCAUUAUCAACGCAGUGAAGAAUGAUAAACUAUUUGGAUGUGUGGAGUGUGAUAUCCACGUACCUGAGAGUUUGCGAGAAUACUUCAAAGAGAUGUGCCCCAUCUUCAAGAAUACUGAAAUACGUCGAGAAGACAUCGGUGAGUUCAUGAAGAGCUAUGCCGAAGAAAACAACAUCAUGCCCCGACCUCGGCGGAGUCUCAUUGGAAGUAUGAUCGGAAAGAAGAUAAUGUUGGCAACUCCUCUUCUAAAAUGGUAUUUAGAACAUGGUUUAGAGGUACGUUUUAAAUAUUAAAAACUUGUAAAAUUGCAGGAGAAAAUGUUUAACAAACUGUAUUAUCGUUUUAGGUAACACACGUCUACCAGAUAGUCGAGUAUACCCCUAAGCCAUGCUUCAAACCUCUUGGCAAUGCUGUAUCAGAUGCUCGUCGUGCUGGUGAUGCAGACCCCUCCAAAGCCAUCAUCGCGGACAUGAUGAAAUUGGUCGGGAAUAGGUGAGUUUUAAAAUCACGCUGUCGUGACGUAUUCAAGAAAUUCUCAUUUUUUGUAUUUCUUUGUUGUAACAGCUCAUACGGGAAGACCAUCACCAACAAAGAGCGUCAUCGCAAGGUGAAUUACUGCAACGAUGAUGAGGUCUCCGAAUUAAUCAACUCACCAUUCUACCGGCAAAUGAACGUGAUCGACGAUGACACCUACGAAGUGGAAAGUGCUAUGUGUACAUAUGUUCAAGUUAAAAACGCUUUUAGUUAUUUUUAUCCAAAACGUAAAGUUUUGGAGGACGGUGUGUCAACAAUUCCUUUAGAUAUUUAG